CUUUAACGUCACCAUAAAUACAUCAUAAAAUCAUCGCCACUGGGAAAACGAGAGAGCGAGAACAGAAGAUGAACAGCAAAAAUCUGAAAAUCUUGCUCUCUCUCUUCACAUUAAAUUCUGUAUCUCUCUACCUCUACUUCUCUUCCCACCCUGAUCACCAUCACCACCUCCACCGCAAUCGGUCGCCGGUUUACCACUAUUCAUUAACGGAAAACAAUUCUCACCACCUCUCGAUUACUGUCAAGCCUUGGCCAAUAUUGCCUUCCUAUCUCCCCUGGUCGCAGAACCCCAACGUCCCUUUUCGCUCUUGCGAAGCCUAUUUUGGUAACGGCUUCACUCAGCGGGUUGAUCCCUUGAAACCCAUUUCGGAAACCAACCGGAAAUUGGGCUCCGGCGGCGGAGGCGGUGGUGCUGGGUGGUUCAGGUGUUUUUAUAGUGAGACUUUGAGGAGCUCGAUAUGCGAAGGGGGGAGGAUCCGGAUGGUUCCAGAGAGGAUUUUAAUGUCGAAAGGGGGAGAGAAGUUGGAGAGUGUGAUCGGAAGAGGAGAAGAUGAAGAAUUACCGAAUUUCGAAGCUGGUGCGUUCGAGAUUGAGGUUAGUGAUAAAACGAGGAACGGGAAGAGGCUAGUACAUGAGGAAUUCUUGAAUAAUUAUGUUCAAGAAGGUGCGAUUGAUAGGCACACGAUGCGUGGAUUGGUGGAUUCGAUUCGGUUAGCUGAUUCCACUGAAUUCAUUUGUUCUGAGUGGAUCGAGGAGCCAACACUUUUGGUGACACGUUAUGAAUAUGCAAACAUGUUUCACACGGUUACAGACUGGUAUAGUGCUUAUGUUGCCUCUAGGGUCACUGGCUUGCCUAAUCGACCUCAUUUGGUUUUUGUAGAUGGCCACUGUGAGACCCAGUUGGAAGAAAUGUGGAGGGCAUUGUUCUCGAGCCUUAAUUAUGCUAAAAAUUUUAGAGGUCCAGUUUGUUUCCGCCAUGCAAUCCUCUCCCCACUGGGUUAUGAAACUGCCCUAUUCAAAGGACUAACUGAAAACAUAAACUGUCAAGGAGCUUCUGCGCAUGAUCUGUGGCAAAAUCCAGAUGAUCGGAAGACUGCUCGACUGUCUGAGUUUGGGGAGAUGAUAAGAGCUGCCUUUGAUUUGCCGCUGGAUAGACACCAUGUCCCUAAGCCAGUCGCCGGUCAUAACGUCCUCUUUGUACGACGUGAGGAUUAUCUAGCACAUCCACGUCACGGUGGUAAGGUGCAAACGAGACUUAGCAAUGAACAACAAGUGUUUGAUUCUGUAAAGAACUGGGCUUUAAAGCAUUCGGAUUGUAAAUUAAAUAUUAUCAACGGACUGUUUGCCCACAUGUCCAUGAAAGAACAAGUUCGGGCCAUCCAAGAUGCCUCAGUCAUUAUCGGUGCUCAUGGUGCCGGGCUAACCCAUAUAGUUUCUGCAACACCCGGAGCAGUGAUUUUAGAGAUAAUUAGUAGCGAAUACAGAAGGCCUCAUUUUGAGCUUAUUGCUGGAUGGAAGGGGCUGGAGUACCAUCCCAUAUAUCUCAGUGGGUCCUAUGCUGAUCCUCCUGUAGUUCUUGACGAGCUCAAAAGAAUUUUGAAGAGCCUUAGAUGCUGAAGCUGCUAACCAUCUGAAGUCUCGGUUUUGCUCUGAUUAUUUUCAUUUGAUGGAGAAAGUGCGACACUUCCACAGCUAAUCUUACGACACGGGUUGUAUAAAUUGAAGAAGCAUCAGUUCUCGAACAACUACAGAAUUCACCAAAUGGAUUGCUUUUGAAAAUGGACGGGCAGAACUGUUGAUGGGAAUCAGGAAGUUCCCUUGAUUACAGAUAUUACACGGCGCGAGGAAUGGCAUCUAGGCUUUAGAUAUGUUGAGGUUUAGAUAGAUGAUAAGAUGCGGCCAACACUGAUUUUUACAUUUUAACUUUUAUAAUCAAUUCUUUCAAACACGCAUGGGAUGAUAUUCUGUGGAUUUUAUGCAAUGAAAAAUGUUGAUUUUCCA